UCUCGGAUUUAUAAAUAAACCCUCACACACACACACACACACACACACACACACACGAUCUGCUUAGACCUGCAGUGUGCUUGGGAAUGGAGUUUAUUUCAAUAAUGUAUUCUGGAGUUUGAGAAAAUCAGGUGAAGCAGGUGAAGAAAUGCGUCGUAGCAGAUUGUCUCUCUCUGACCAGGUGGGAGAAAAGGGCAGGUAUGAGACUCCGCCCACCUCCGAGCUCCACAGGUUACUGUGGAUCAAACCAGGCACGAGCGGCCAUCUUGAUGAGGUCAGACCGGGCAUCUACAUCGGAGACCUGUACGCAGCUAAAGACAGAACCCUGUUACAGGCGCUGAACAUCAGUCACGUGUUGAACGCAGCUCACGGUAAAUUCAACGUGAACACAGGAGCGAGUUUCUACAGAGGCACCAACAUCACGUACCACGGCGUGGAGGCCUUCGACAUGCCCACCUUCGACAUGAGCCCCUUCUUCUACAGCGCCGCCAAGUUCAUCAAGAGCGCACUGAGCACCCCUGGAGGUAAGGUGUUUGUGCAUUGUGCGAUGGGUCUGAGUCGCUCGGCCACGCUGGUCCUCGCCUACCUGAUGAUCGAGGAGAAGAUGACGCUGGUGGAGGCCAUUAGUGCUGUAGCGCAGUACAGGAACAUCUGCCCCAACACGGGCUUCCUGGAGCAGCUGCGCACACUCGACACACAACUGCAGAACCGACACAGCGCCAUCUAG